UUUCUGUUAGAAUAGCUAGUCAGCUGAUUCACUUUUUCACUUUCAACUGAUCAAUUUGUUUGGAUAAUUAAGUUUUCGUGUUGAUUUAAUUGCUUAAUUAGCUGUGUUAAUUUAAGUUAAUUAAUUUGUUCCCUGGUGAAUAUUAGUUUGUACUUUUCCCCUGCUGAACUAAUGAAUGAAUUUCUGAAUGUGUUUCACUGCAAUUAGUGACAAUUAGUGAUUGUCUUGGUUUUCUGGUAAUUUUUGCCAUCAAUCAACUGAAUUAUUGAUUAACUUCCUGAUUAAUUGUUGUCGUUUUCUUUUUGCUGAUUCUUGAUUAUUUCUUGUAGUAGUUAAAUGUUUCCUUCCUGUGUCAUACUAGACUAUCAUUUUCAUUUCAAUCUUAUCGUGAUUAAUCAACUAAUCCAUUGGUAAUACUUGAUUGAUUGUAAGCAACUAAAUCUUUUAAUUUCAGUACUAAUUGUUGAUCAAUCAACAAAUUUAAUCUCUCGAAACAAUCUUAUCUAUGAUUAAUCAAAAUGGCGAUCAAAUUAAUUCUUGGCAGAAAGAAGCGAAUAAUUGUAAUUCUAAUUAUAUUUGGAUUAAUUUAUCUACUCAUAUCUCUUUUAACAUCAUCUUCUCAUGGUGAACAAUCAGUAUUAAUAUGUAAUUAUGGACCAGAAGUUCAGGAUAAGCUUCGUGAUUUGUUGCUAAGGACAAAGGAGAGUCUAAUCACUUUGGGAUUAACUUAUUUCCUUUGUUACAAUUCACUAUGGGGAUCACUUAAAAUGGAAACAGUGUUACCAUGGGUUAAUUAUUUGGAGAUUUGUUUAAUUAACGAUGAAAUUUCUCACAUGGAUGAGGCCUACAUUUUCCGUAUAUUUAAGAAUAAGAAUCUUAAAAUGAGUUACAUCUCAUCUAAUGGUGUUUACCUGAUAACCGAUUCACAAGUAGCCGAACCUGUAAUUAAAUUGAUUCUGUUUGAAAAGGAUACAGUGACCAGUCAAUAUCGUCGAGUGGGCUGGAGAAAUCGUUUAGUUCCCCCUAAUUCCUGUGAGGCGAUUCACUGUUUCCCUCCCAUGUUAAUCGACAAACCACUUCCGAUGUCCAGUUUACUUAAUGUUCCCAUUCCGGCUCCCAGAGAGAAAGAGGAGAUUCAAAAGUAUCUAUUCCCUGAUAAUUGGUGGAAAGACAUCGAACCCGAGAAAUGUAAAAAGGAGAACCAUUAAUUUAAUUUCGAAACAAAUAAACAAAAAAGUAAACUUAAUUGCCUUUGGAAAAAGAUCUACAAUUAACCCUCUGAAUCUCGUCUCCAUGUUGAUCAUAUUUAUCUCAUUCUCAAAUCACUUGGAUAUAUCAAUGAAUCAUCAACAAGAAAUUGGCCACUAAUCAAAUAAUCAAACAUAUCAAUUGACCUUUUCCUCUUCUUACAAUCUGUUGACGAUUUUAAAUCAAAUGGAAAUCUAAUUGUUUGGAAAUUGAUCAAACAAAUAUAUUGAUUUUUUUUUAAUAAUAUAUGAUAAUUUUGUUCAUAUUAUCAUAAUUUAGCAAUAACAGUGGUGUUUGUUUAUAUGAUAACAAUUAAGACGCAAACAAAAAGUAAAUGAUUUCAAAUAUGAUACAAA